AUGCUUCCUUCCUCGAACUCACUUUUUUAACAUUCUUUACUGUAUUUUAUAUUAAAAAUUCAGAGAUUUCUCAUUUCUCCUAUGAAUUUCUUGCAUCUUAAGUCUGCUACUAUAAGAACAUGAAUUUUGUUCUGGUUUAGUGUGUUUAGUGUGUCUUGAAAAAGCGGACCCAGAAAUCUUGGACACAGUCUUUUCUUUCUCUGUUCAAGCUCCAACCCACCAAAAAAGCAAACAGUCCAAUAGGCCACAGCUUCUGAUUAUAAUUAAUUUGAAUUGAAGGUUUAAACUUUAAAGGGUAUUUAGUCUUCUGGUCAGAACUGAUACUCAGCAUGGCAUUUUCAAGGAUUGCUAGGAAUGGCUUGAGAAGAACAGGAGGCAACUUUGGUAGUUACGCAGAGAAGGGUACACUAUGUGAGGGAAUAUCCAAGCAUAGUUGGUCUUCUUCACCUUUCCUUAAAAAUGUUAAAGCAGGCAGCAACCUAUCAUACUUUUCGAGCAUUAGGAAGGUAAAUCAUGCCCCUUUUUGGAGCAGGGGAAUUGGGGGAACCCCACAUUAUCAAUUUCCUAAUGCAGAGAGGAUUCUAGAAGAAUCAGAAAAUGAGUAUGAAGAACCAAGGUAUCCAGGUCUGGAAGCAACAAGGCCUGGUGAAAAGCCAAGGGUGGUUGUCCUUGGCACUGGAUGGGCAGCAUGUCGAUUCAUGAAAGGACUUGACACCAAAAUCUAUGAUGUCGUUUGCAUAUCACCAAGGAAUCACAUGGUCUUCACUCCUUUGCUUGCAUCAACUUGUGUUGGAACCCUUGAGUUUCGUUCUGUAGCUGAGCCUGUUAGUCGGAUUCAGUCUGCAUUGGCAACAAGUCCCAACUCAUAUUUUUAUUUGGCUUCCUGCACUGGCAUUGACACGGACAAACACGAAGUAUACUGUGAGACAGUAAGCAAUGGUGGAUUACCUCAGGAGCCUCACCAGUUUAAAGUUGCAUAUGAUAAGCUUGUCAUUGCUGCUGGAGCUGAGCCUGUGACUUUUGGUAUCAAGGGAGUGAAUGAACAUGCUUAUUUUCUUAGAGAAGUGAAUCAUGCUCAAGAAAUAAGGAAGAAGCUCCUUUUGAAUCUCAUGCUAUCUGAAAAUCCAGGCAUACCUGAAGAAGAGAAGAACCGCCUGUUACACUGUGUCGUUAUUGGAGGUGGUCCAACAGGGGUGGAGUUUAGCGGUGAAUUGAGUGAUUUUAUCAUGAGAGAUGUUCAGGAGCGGUAUUCUCAUGUUAAGGAUCAUAUAAAGGUUACCCUUAUUGAGGCCAAUGAAAUUCUAUCAUCCUUUGACGUUGGACUACGGCAAUAUGCAACAAAUCAUUUGACUAAGUGUGGUGUCCGUCUCACACGAGGUGUAGUGAAAGAGGUGCAUCCCACAAAAUUAUUUCUCAGUGACGGUACAGAAGUCCCAUAUGGUCUCUUGGUAUGGUCUACUGGUGUCGGUCCAUCUCAGUUUGUCAAGUCACUAAAUCUUCCCAAGUCCCCUGGUGGAAGGAUUGGUAUUGAUCAAUGGUUGCGGGUCCCUUCUGUGGAAGAUGUAUUUGCACUUGGAGACUGUGCUGGUUUUCUUGAGCAGACAGGAAGGCCAGUGCUUCCAGCUCUAGCUCAGGUUGCAGAAAGGCAAGGGAAAUAUCUAGUUGAGUUGUUUAACAAUAUUGGAAAGCAAAAUGGAGGCAAGGCUUUCAGUGCAAAAGAUUUCUCUCUAGGAGAUCCUUUUGUCUACAGGCAUCUGGGUAGUAUGGCAUCGGUAGGGCGUUACAAGGCACUGGUUGAUCUGCGCCAGUCUAAGGAUGCAAAAGGCUUAUCACUUGCUGGAUUCAUCAGUUGGCUAAUCUGGCGCUCUGCAUAUCUUACACGAGUGGUCAGUUGGAGGAACAGAUUUUACGUGGCAGUGAAUUGGGCAACCACCCUGGUUUUUGGCAGAGACAACUCAAGGAUUGGAUAGAUUAAGAAGGGCAUACACCAUUGUCAUUUUUUAUUCUUUAUAUUGAUUUGAGCUAGAUAUCAGGCUCCAUGUUCCUUAAUCUUAACCUCCGAUUCAAAAAAUUUUGGAGUCAGGAUGUAGUUUAAGGUUUAUGUUACCAAUCAAUAUGGAUAGAUGGGUACAAUAUUAGAAAGCUAGAAACCUCAAGAAAAUAAAGGAAACACCUUGCAUAAGAAAAUAAAGGAAACACCUUGUGUAAGCCAUUUAGUGCACCAAAACCUGUUUUGCCAUAUCAAUCUCUGUGGUAAUGCAUGUUCUGUUCAUCAA